AUGCUUCGAGAUCAUGCUCAGAACUUCAUUCACGAAUUGACCGCCUUCAGACAAAAACACGGUGGCUCGUCCACGCCUUUGAUACUUAUUGGCCAUAGCAUGGGCGGACUACUGUUAAAGACAGCUUUGGGAUUCGCUGCCGACAGGGGUUCUGCCAGCGGUGAAUAUGCCAUUGUCAAUAAGAUUGUUGGCAUAUUUUUCAUUGGCCCUCCUCAUAUGGGAGCUUGGCCUGCAGAAUGGGCAAAAAUCCCCGCCCAUGCCCUUGGGACUGUCAAAAAAAUUAAACAUGACCCUUCUGAAUGUGCUACAGGAGGAUAA